GGGGAUCAUUCACAACCUCAUACGUGGCCAUCUUGGUUUGGUAGGCCAGUUUGUAAUUUAUUCUUGACCGAUUGUGAUGUUAUAUUCGGUAGAGCAGUGGGAUCCAAUCACAGAGGAGAUUAUGAUGGUUCUCUGAAACUUCCUGUAAUUGCAGGGUCUCUUCUUGUCAUGCAAGGGAAAAGUGCAGAUCUUGCAAAACGUGCUAUCCCCUCCCUUCGCAAGACACUGAUAUUACUAACCUUCGGAAAGUACCGGCCAAAGAAAACUCUUCUUCCAUCAGAAGGCACGUUCUUCAGUUCAUCUGCUGUAAAUCCACUCUCAAUCUCAACAUCAGCUAGGCCUUCAAGCUUCUCACGGUAUCCAUCAGCUCGGAAACCAUAUGGGAUCAUGCCUGCCAAUGGCAUUCAACAUGCUCAGCAAGCCCCACAAAUUAUGCUAUCUCCAAAUGGUGUCCAACCACGCUUUGCAGCAGCUCCCAUGGUGGCUUCUCCAGCUCUGCCAUCAGGGCCUCCUGCAACUGUUGGGUGGGCGGCGGCGUCUUCAAUGAAUGCAACUGGCCCUCGACCUCCUGUUCCCGGCACUGGAGUCUUCCUACCCCCUGGAUCUGUUCAUAUAUACCCAAUCCAGCACCUACCAGGAACACCGAUUUCUGUCCAAACCAUCUACGACAAUAGUAGAUCUGAGAAGCCAACUUCUAAUAGUAAUGCUUCUGAUUGUUCCACAAAUAUUACCACUGAUUUGUCUGAGCCUGUUCCCGAGUGCAAUGGCGAUGGGUGGUGCUUGGACACUGCUGCUGUUGCUCCUAACCAAGAACAGACCGAUUCUGUUGAAAAAGCUGAUGACAAUCUUUCUGAAAGUGUUGCAAAGUAAGCAGAGGGAGAACACUUUGUUUUGAGCCUUCGUAAGAUAAAUCAGAAAACUACAUAGGACUUUUGAACCAAAUGUAGAGGGCGAGAGAAGAAUUGAGAUGAUUACUCAACGACCGAUGGCCGGAGUCCGCUAAAAUACGGCGCAAGCAAACAAAUGCAGGGGAGGAUUAGCUUUCCGAUGGCCGCCGGUGACAUGACUCGUCGAAGUGAAAGCUCCACCGCCUCUGCCGGCGGUUGGAAUGUCAUCGAUCAUAUCCAUCCACCCCGGGCAUUUCCAACUGCAGCUUAUUUCAAUAAAAUAAAACACCUUAUGAUCCUUAAUCGCUCCAUCUUCAAACUGCGCAAUCCUUGAUCGACAACAUCUUCGCUGCUGCUGCUGUUCCAGAAUUUGACCAACCAAAGUACCAUAAACUACGUUAAACUGCAGGAUGCAGCUAUAAAGAUCCCCCUUUUUUGCUUCAAUCUCGGCAAAAUCUCGGUUGAUUUCUCCUGGCGACCAUUUCCAGUUCGGGCAUUAGCAAGCAAGCUUGUAAGGCAAGGCGAAGGGAAGCAGAAAAGUUGUUCCUUUCUGCGCAAGCAACGAGAGAGGAAGAAAGUUGGUGUUUUGGUCACUGAUUGAGGCGCAAGGAAGGGAAGGCGGGAUGGCGGCUCUAGGGUUAGGGUUAGAGGCGGAGAGUACCACCGGCUUUGGCGAUUCCAUCAGAGAGCUUCAGCAAAUAUGGACAGAGAUCGGGGAAAGCGAGGAGGACAUGGACAGCAUGCUGUUGGAAUUGGAGAGGGAGUGCAGGAAAAUAUACCAGAAGAAGAUCGAAGAAGCUAGCAGAGCUAGGGCAUUCCUUCACCAGUCAGUGGCGGCCAAAGAAGCAGAGGUUGCUUCUCUUGUGGCUGUUCUUGAUGAACGCAAUCUCCAGCGCAAGAUGGAGAAGUUGUCUCUGAAGGAGCUGCUUGCUUCAGUCGACCCUCUUUUGGAAAAUUUGAGGGAAAUGAGAGAGGAACGGCUGAGGCAAUUUGCAGAAGUGCUUUCACAGAUUGAGAAGAUUAAAGCAGAGAUAGAAGGAUUCAGUUACCCUCAUCCUCCGACUAAUGAUGUUAAGAUCAAACAAGAUGACUUAUCAGUUCGAAAACUCACGGAGUAUCAGUUGCAACUAAAGGCCCUCCAGAAGGAUAAGUCUGACCGCCUUCAGAAAGUUUUGGAGUUUGUAAAUGAGAUUUACUCUUUAUGCGGUCUCCUUGAAGUGGAUUUUCGAAAGACAGUUGACUCUGUGCACCCUAGCUUGCAUGAUAAUGGUGGAAAACAUUCCACAAACAUUAGUGAUUCCACACUCGAGGGGCUGUCUCAAACUGUCCUGAAGCUAGAAACUGAGAAGAAGAUUCGAAAGGAGAAGCUAUUUCAAGUGGCGGAAUCACUGCUGGAUCUGUGGAAUCUGAUGGAGACACCUCAUGAAGAGAAGAAAUACUAUAGAGAAACAAUAAGCAUUGUGGGAUCACUUGAACAUGACAUUGGAUGCUCAGGCAUCUACUCGCUUGAAACGAUUGAGAAGAUGGAAGGUGAAGUUGAGAGGCUCACAAACCUUAAAGCGACUAGAAUGAGGGAACUUGUUCUGAUUAGAAGGACAGAACUAGAAGAGAUAUGCAGAACUACACAUAUCGAACCUGAUACAAGCACAGCACCAGAGACCGUCAGUGCACUGAUAGAUUCAGGCGUUGUGAAUUCUUCUGAACUUCUUGCGAGCAUCGAGAUGCAAAUUUCUAAAGCCAAAGAGGAAACCAUUGUCAGGAAAGAAAUCACGGAUAGGGUAAACAAAUGGCUCGUGGCAUGUACUGAAGAGAACUGGCUCGAAGACUAUGACCAGGAUCCAAACAAGUACAUUGCUGGAAGAGGUUUCCACUUGAAUCUAAAACGCGCAGAGAAGGCACGAGCGAUUGUCAGCAAAAUUCCAGAUAUGGUGGACAAAUUGAUGAACAAGAUAUUCGUCUGGGAGAACGAAAGACAGAUGCCUUUCUUGUAUGAUGGGGUUUCACUGGUAUCAAUAUUGGAAGAGUAUAAACUAUUGAGGCAACAGAAGGAAGGACUGAAAAGGCGAUAUCGAGAGCAGAGAAAACUUCAAAACAUGUUCCUCAAAGGUAAGGAAACAGUUUACGGGUCCAAAUGGAGUUCAAGAAGAAACACCAAUUUUAGAGGGAAGCCAAAUGCAAAUGGCUCCAUGAACAGUGCAAUCCCCGAGUUGUUUCUUCUCCAUUCCCGUUCUCGCGAUUCUGAUGCAUACUCCUGCACAUCGUUGAACUUCCCUCCGAUGUCAAGGGAGGAUACUGCAUCUUUGUUCACGUCCAUUACAAGUUCUGAACCUGAGUCUCCACCUUUCACUUAAACUCUCAGGUUUGUGUCACUUGUUAUUCAUUUCACAUGUUUCCUUUCCACAUCUGCAAGUUUGUAAUACCUUCCUUUCAGUUUCUUA